AUUUACAAAUCGAAACAAUGUCAUGUUAUGCUGAUAUUAAAACAAAAGGUGAUCUUUCAAGUUUACGAUGGUUUCAAUCACAUCAUAGUAAUUGGACCCAUAUUCCUAACGAUAAGCUCAUCGAAGAUCAUGAAAAGAUAACAAUCUAUUAUGGGUCUUUGAAUUUUCGUGAUAUUCUCGUCGCAACUGGACGAGUUCCUCUUCGUUCAUAUCCUCUUUAUGAUAGUGUUCAUUACAUGCCAUCAAUUGGUAUUGAGUUUUCGGGUAUCGAUUCGUCUGGUGAAAGAGUUAUGGGUAUUUGUAAUUCGAGUGGAUUAGCAACUUCAUCAAUAAUCCAAUCAAAUUCAUCUCGUGUCCUUGUUCCUCAAAAUUGGACAUUAGCCGAAGCUGCAACAGUUCCUGUUGUCUAUUUGACAGCUUAUUAUGGUUUAAUUUCUCGAGGAAAUUUACAAUCUGGUGAAAGUGUUUUAAUUCAUGCAGGUUCAGGAGGAGUUGGUCAAGCAGCUAUUUCGAUCUGUCUAUCUAGAGGUUGUCAAGUAUUUACUACAGUUGGAACACAAGAGAAAAGGGACUUCAUUAAGAAACGUUUCCCUUCAAUCGAUGAGGAUCAUAUUGGUGAUUCUCGAUCAACAUCAUUUGAAGAUAUGAUAAUAAAGAUGACCAAUGGUCGAGGAGUUGAAUUAGUUUUAAAUUCACUUUCUGAUGAUAAACUAAAAGCUUCGAUUAGAUGCUUGUCAAAUUUCGGUCGCUUUAUCGAAAUAGGCAAAUAUGAUAUGAUCCAAAAUACUAAAAUUGAUUCACAAUUCAUAGAUUUCAACAAAACGUUUCAUGCUUGUUGCUUGGCUUUUCUGCAAGAUGAUGUGUUCAUCAAGAUGAUUCCUGAUCGGAUAAAGGUUUGGCAUGGUAUUAUUGAAAUGUUAAAAGAAGGAAUCAAAUCAGGUGAAGUUGUACCUCUACCGACAACGAUAUUCCAAAUGAAUCAGCUUGAAGAAUCGUUUAGGUUUAUGGCAACAGGGAAACACAUUGGUAAAGUUUUGAUUCAAAUGAGAGAUGAAAAUGAAGAUCCAAAUAAAUUUAAACUUUAUCGUUCAAUUGGUCAAACAUUUUUCGACCUUGAAAAAAGUUACAUAAUAACUGGUGGACUCGGAGGAUUAGGACUCGAAAUAGCUUAUUGGAUGGUAUCAAGAGGAGUGACUAAUCUAAUUCUUACCUCGCGUUCUGGAAUCGAGACAAAAUACCAAGAGUAUAUUUUAGAAAGGAUGAGAAACAAUGGUUACUCUCGAGUGAAUAUUAUCAUCUCUAAUGAGGAUUGUUCAACUUCAGAAUCAGCUGAGAGGUUAAUUAAUCAAGCACAAGAAUUGGGCCAAAUUGGUGGAGUAUUUCAUCUUUCUAUGGUUCUAAAAGACGGACUUUUCGAGAAUCAAACAGCUGAAACAUUUGAUGAAGCUGUCAAACCAAAAGCGAUCGCUUGUCGUUAUUUGGAUCAACUAACUCGAUCUCUAUCCUACAAUAUUGAUUAUUUCGUAUGCUUUUCUUCAAUAGCAGUUGAGCUCGAAAGUAUCGCCCAGACCAAUUAUUGUUUCGGUAAUGCAGCGAUGGAAAAUAUUUGUAGAAAAAGAAGAUUAGAUGGACUACAUGGUUUGGCUAUUCGAUGGGGAGCAGUUGGCGAUGUUGGGAUAUUUUCAGAGAUGAAUGUGCGAUCUAGCGAGACGUUGAGAUCUCUUGAACCAAUUCGUUUAAAUUUAGUAUUGGACUCACUGGAAAAAACUUUAAUGUCAUCCUGUGAUAGUUCACUUUUCACCAUAGUUUCAAUUUCUGAUAAAAAAAGUGCAUCAUCAAUGGGAAAUAGUAACUCAUUAAAACAGAAAAUAUUUCAUAUCCUUAGUGUUAAAGAUGCAACUAAAGUUGAUCCACAAUCAACUUUAUCUGAACUUGGUCUUGAUUCAUUGAUGGCAGUUGAAAUCAAACAAGCUCUCGAUACUGAUUACGAUUAUUCAAUGACAACCAAUGAAAUUCGAGAAUUGAAAGUUGGUGAAUUAGAUGAACUCGAAAAGAAAUUGAAAAAAUCAGAGAAGAAAAAAAUCAACUCUACUUAUUCUAUACAAGAAUAUGGAAAUAUUUUCCAUAUUCAUACGCAAUUGUUUGUUCCAUUGAAUCAAAGUGAAUUUGGAUUACCAUAUUUUUACUUCCCUGGUCUAUCAGGUAACUUCCAUAUAGUUAUUCCAGUAUUCGAAUCAUUCUCAAAACCAGUGAUUGGCAUCAGUUGGACCAAAGACUGUCAGAAUCUCGAAUCAAUGGAUCAAGUUGUUAACUUUUAUGUGGACUCACUUAUAGCCAAAUAUCCAAACGAGAAAACAUUUAAUCUCACUGGUUUCUGCUUUGGCGGAAUGAUCGCCUUGAAAGUGGCCAUUGGCUUACAACAGAAAUUGGGUCAAGAUUCUGUUAGAAAUCUCAUCAUUAUGGACUCAUCGCCUGAAAUAGCAAACAACAACACGAAAAAAAAUCAUGAAGAAUAUGCAGGGAAAGAUGAAGCCACAAUGUUUACAUAUUUGACUUUGAAUUUUCUUUCACCUUUCAUGAAGAGUGAUGUCAAGAACGAAGUGAGAACAAAACUGUUCGAGCUCAAAACGAAACAAGAAAAAUUAGAAUAUGUAACUACAACUAUCAACAAGAUAGGAUCGUUUGAAUAUGAUGUUAACCAGAUAAGUGAUGCUAUCGAUAUUUUUGGAGAUAAAAUGCAAAAAGCUGCCGCAUUAAAUAUGGGCGAAAAUUUCAACGGUGAAAUUGUUUUGAUUCGAGUAACAGAUUCAGAUGAAAACAAUUGCGAUUUCCAUCAUUUGGAAGAUUAUGGAUUAUCUAAAUAUACGAAAGGAGCUGUCACUGUUUUCAAAUUGCCUGGACAACACGAAAACAUGAUUGUAGAUAAUUCGAAAGAAAUCACUGAGAUUCUUGAAGCGUUGGCAAUGAGAGCAUCGACUGGAUAA